AUGUAUAUGUCUAUGUCGCAGCGUUGCCUUAUCAUCUAUUCUAUUCGCCUCCAGCGCCCCUCCCUCCCUUUCGCCUGUCUAAGACGUGCAUGCAUGAAUGCGCAUGAAACAGGCAACUCCGGCAACAAAAAGGGUGGCUUAGAGCACAAAUUCUGAUGAUGAAGAAGGUGCAUACCGCAGCAUUGAGUCUUUUGGGGGAGGGUGACGUGUUUUCCGGUGAAGUUUGGCGAAGUCUUGUUUCAUGGGGGUAUUUAACUCGGGGGUGUUCGGGAGCCUGAUCUAUCAGGUGUGAUGUUUCGCCAUGACGUGAUGGGACUUUUUCUUUGUUCUUCUUCUCUUGUUGAUUGGUACUCUUGGGGUGAGGCAGUCUGCUUGUUGAUGUUACAGAUCCAAUAGUCAAUAAAGACGAUAAAUGUGUUUCUUAUCCGUGCAAAUAUAUAUUCCUUCCAAGCUGUAACAAAAUAAAACCACCAGUCCGG